UGGAAAUGAACAAGGCCCAGUUUCCAACUUUUGUGGAAGCAUCAGUUUGACCCAAAUUAAAAUCUUACCAAAAUCAGUUCCCAACCAAUCUCGAGUACAAAAGCUUUCAAAUGUGCUUCCAAGUUUAAGCUCCUUUUUCCCUCCACAGACCUUUCAUCUAACUCUUGAAACUAUAAUUUUAACGCCACCUUCAUCAUUCCAUGAUCAAUUCAAGAAUCAAACAAGCUAGCAUAACACUCUCAAAACUCAAAAUUCACAACCUUGCACAAUCCAGAACCUCAAUUUUCCAAUCCCAACCAUACCACAGUUAUCAUCGUUCUCAUAAACCCACCUCAAAAUUCUCACCUGAAAGGCCUCAUAAGCCUACAAAAACACUUCUUCGCAAGCCAAUACCACUACUUGCUGACCUCAAACAAAUCCAAGAUCCUAAUGAAGCUAUUUCCCUGUUCCAUGAUUACCAGCAAACGGGGUUCAAACAUGACUACCCUACUUAUUCUUGUCUUAUUUAUAAGCUCGCAAAGUUUCGAGACUUUGAAGCUGUUGAAACCUUUCUUGGGUAUUUAAAAACAUAUUAUAUUCGAUGUCAAGAAAAGGUUUUUAUUGGGAUGAUUCAACAUUACGGGAAAGCCCAGUUGGUUGAUAAAGCUAUUGAGCUUUUUCACAACAUGGGGUCAUUUAAUUGUACGCGUAGUGUACAGUCUUUUAAUGCACUUUUAAAUGUGCUUGUUGAAAAUGGGCGUUUUGAUGAUGCAAAUGAGAUGUUAAGGAAUUGUUCGAAAAUGGGUAUUUGGUUAAAUGCUGUUUCGUUUAACGUUAUGAUUAAGAUGUGGUUGGAGAAGGGCGACUGGGGAAUGGCGCGCCAGGUGGUUGAUGAAAUGCUUGAAAGAGAAGUUGAGCCAACUGUGGUGACUUACAAUUGUCAAAUUGGAUUUUUGUGUAAGAGGGGGGAUGUUGAAGGUGCUAAAAGUUUGUUUCAGGAUAUGGUUAGAAAGGGAAAGAAGCCAAAUGCAGUUUCUUAUGCUUUGUUGAUGGAAGGUUUGAGUUCUUUGGGUAAGUACAAAGAAGCCAAGAAAUUAAUGUUUGAUAUGGAAUACCAAGGAUGUAAGCUGAAAAUAGUCAAUUAUGGUGUUUUGAUGACUUAUCUUUUGAAACGAGGCGAAAUUGGAGAGGCAAAUAGUUUACUUGUGGAGAUGAAAAAGAGGCACAUUAAGCCCGAUGCUGUGAUCUAUAACAUGUUAAUCAAUUAUUUCUGCAAGGAAGGUAAAACUGCUGAAGCAUAUAGGAUGUUAGUUGAUAUGCAAAUUGCAGGUUGCAAUCCUAAUGCAGCUACAUACAGAAUGGUGGUUGAUGGUUUUUGUAAAACAGGAGAAUUUGAGGAAGGUUUGAAGGUUUUGAAUGCAAUGUUGAUGAGCGGGCAUUUUCCGCGUAUGGAAACAGUAAGGUGUAUGAUUCUUGGCUUGCUUGAUAAAGGGAAGGUUGAAGAUGCUUGCUUUGUUUUGGAGGAAAUGGAGAAAAGGAAGAAAAGGUUUGACUUUGAGUCAUGGGAAGCCAUAGUCAAGGAUGCUUGCAGCAAUAGUAUUGUUGUAUAUAGGCUCGUAGAUGAGCUUGUAUUUUAGCUAUUGGACUUGUAUGCUAUUACUUCGGAAAAUCUGUGAAAUUGAUCGCGUCCAGAUCUGUUUUGUGCUCGUCUUGAUGCUAUCUCAGAGGUCCAUUUGGAAAGAGCUAUUGAGCAA